AUAUGUAUACAUAUAUGCGCAUCGCAAAGAAUCAAAUCCCAUAAUCCUUAGGGUUUAACGAACCUUAAUCACGCAAAAUCUCCUAAUUAGCAGACUGAUCUUGCGAUUAACAGUCGCAAUUUGCUUCCGGGUUCCCGAAUUUCAGAGAGACGAAGAGAGAGGAGAGAGAGUACGGAUAAAGGUUGGGGAUUUUUGAUUUAAAGGGAUGGGAGGACGCCUUUCGGACUUGAGGGGAGGCAAGGCCGCCGUGGGCACCGAACCGGACGCCGAGAACGACGGCGCUCACAACGAUGCCAUUGAAUUCUUUUACAGGGCGCAUGGUGCUUACCCGCAUUUUACGCAACUCGAGUUAUCCUUUUCAGCAUCCAAGCUGCUUGAUCGUGAUCUCUUUUCCAAGAGUGAUCCUAUGGUGGUUGUAUACCUCAAGAAGAAUGAUGGUAAGCUAGAGGAACUCGGGAGAACUGAAGUCAUACUGAACAAUUUAAAUCCGGAAUGGAUACAGAACGUUUCAGUAGCUUAUCAGUUCGAGAUGGUGCAGAAUUUGAUAUUCUGUGUCUACGAUGUUGAUACACAAUUCCACAAUGUACCUGUAAAGACUCUGAAUUUGAGGGAUCAAGAGUUUCUUGGAGAAGGCAGUUGUGACCUUUCAGAGAUUGUGACUAAACAAAAUCGAAGUUCAACAAUGACUCUGAAAGGCAAAAAGGGGCAUGGAGGUUUGAGAAACUUUGGAACACUCACCGUGCAUGCCGAGGAAACUAUUGCUUCUAGGAGUGCUGUAGAGAUUAAAUUCCGCUGUGCCCACUUGGACAACAAAGAUCUCUUUUCUAAAAGCGAUCCUUUCUUAAUAAUAUCAAGAACUGUUGAGACUGGGGAUUCUAUUCCAAUUUGCAAGACUGAAGUGGUGGAUAACAAUUUAAACCCGACCUGGAAACCAGUAUGCCUGGGUAUGCAACAGUUCAGAAGCAAGGACGCCCCGCUGGUUAUUGAGUGUUUUGAUUUCAACAGCAAUGGCAAACACAUUCUUAUUGGGAGACUCCGAAAAUCAGUAGCAGACCUUGAAAAACUACUCAGAGAAGAACGUGGGGCGAACAUGUUUAUUCCAUCUUCUCGUGCGGGUCAUGAAAAGGUUUUGAAGAGUCAGCUAUUUGUGGAUCAGUUUUGUGAGAAAGAACAAUUCACCUUUGUUGACUAUAUAUCUAGUGGGUUUGAGCUUAACUGCAUGGUUGCAGUUGAUUUUACGGCUUCAAAUGGAGAUCCUAGAAAUCCCGAGUCUUUGCACUACAUUGAUCCUAAUGGCGGGCUGAAUUCUUACCAGCAGGCUAUAACAGAAGUAGGACCAGUCAUUCAGUUCUACGAUGCUGAUAAGAGGUUUCCUGCUUGGGGCUUUGGAGGAAGGACGGCUAAUGGAACUGUAUCAUACUGCUUCAACUUGAAUGGAGAUUCAAGUGAAUCUGAGGUUGUCGGAGUUGAAGGCAUAAUGGCUGCUUAUGCCAAUGCUCAACGCGAUAUUGCUCUGUCAGAACCGACGUUGUUUGGCCCAGUGGUUAACAGGGCUGCUAAAAUUGCCACCAGGUCCCUCUCGUCCAACAAGUACUACGUCUUGGUCAUUAUAACGGAUGGAAUCCUCACUGACCUUCAAGAAACAAAAGAUGCUUUGGUGAGGGCAUCUAAUCUUCCUCUAUCAAUCCUCAUCGUUGGAGUUGGUAAUGCGGAUUUCAAACAAAUGAAGAUCCUUGACGCUGACAACGGGCAACGAUUAAAAAGUUCUACAGGUCACAUAGCUACGCGUGACAUUGUCCAGUUCAUUCCAAUGAGAGAUGUGCAGACAGGUGGGCAGAUUUCUGUUGUUCAAGGUCUUUUGGAAGAGCUGCCCGGACAGUUUUUGAGUUACAUGCGUUCCAUGGACAUCAAGCCGCUCACCUUCAAUGCCGCUGCCCAAGCAUCACCUGCCUGACCGUUGACGGAUUUCUUCUUUGUACCGUUGUAAAGGGACAUACCGAAUACUUUGUACUAUCGAGCACUCAUGUUAAUACAGUGUGAAAUGUAGAUACGAAUGCUCGAUACUACAACGCAUUUCAUUGAUUGAUAAACGUCAAAUUCUAGAAUCUAUCAGAAAUUUAUAAAAUCUCUGUUUGACCCU